AUGGUAACUUUACUACCGGGCAUUUUUUCCAUCCUAGUAAUAACAGAAUUUGUUCUAGGAAAUUUUGCCAGUGGCUUCAUAGCAGUGGUGAACUGCAUUGUCUGGGUCAAGAGACAAAAGACGUCCUCAGCUGAUCAAAUUCUCACUGCUCUGGCGGUCUCCAGAAUCGGUUUGCUCUGGGUAAUGUUAAUAAACUGGUAUGCAACUGUGUUGAAUCCAGCUUUAUAUAGUUUAGAAGUAAGAUUUCUUGUUCUUGCACGGAUGGUAAACAAUCAUUUUAGUAUCUGGCUUGCUACUAGCCUCAGCAUAUUUUAUUUGUUCAAAAUAGCCAAUUUCUCUAACCUUAUUUUUCUUCGCCUGAAGUGGAGAGUUAAAAGUGUAGUUCUUGCGUUACUGUUGGAGUCUUUGUUCUUUUUGGUUUUUCAUGUUGCAGUGCUAAGCAUAUGUGAGAAAAGCAUACAUGAGAAAAAUUCCUUCAUAAGCAAGAUGAAGGAAUACGAAGGAAACAUCACUAAGCAGACCAAAUUGGGGAACAUUGUAAGCCUGUUGAAUAUGACUGUAUUCACGCUAGCAAACUUUGUGCCCUUUGCUAUAUCCCUGACAUCUUUCCUGCUCUUAACCUUUUCCCUGUGGAAACAUCUCAAGAAGAUGCAAUCCAGUGGUAGAAGAUCCCAAGAUCCCAGCACCAAGGUCCACAUAAGAGCCAUGCAGACUGUGAUCUCCUUUCUCUUGUUAUUAGCUGGUCACUUCCUGACUCUAAUUGUCACAGUCUGGAGUUCUAAUGGGCUGCAGAACAAACUAUUCUUCAUGCUUUGCCAAGCUUUUGGAUUCUGGUAUCCUUCAAGCCACUCAUUUAUCCUGAUCUGGGGAAACAAGAAGCUCAAACAGGUCUUUCUGUCUGUUUUAUACCAGGGGACGUGCUGGCUGAAAGAACAGAAACUCUCAACUCCAUAG